UUCUCUUUCAUGGUUUAAGAAUAAAUCUUGCCCUGCCCCACCUAGGCAGCUGUGACUGCCCUGAAGAAGUGAGGCCAACAAAGCAUUCUGAGCCUGGGACUCAUCAACUGCCCCUGUCACAGUAGGAGCCCAGCAGGAACACCUGGCAAAAAACCAUGGCGGUAGACCUUCCCAGGUGGCUUCCUCUCCUAUUACUGCUGGGGCUGUGGGAGCCCAUGGGUCUGCUUUGUGCUCAGCCUAAGGGUCUCUCCAAGGCGCGCUGGUUUGAAAUUCAGCACAUAUGGGCUAGUCCUCAGCAGUGCAAUGCAGCCAUGCGUGGUGUCAACAACUAUACCCGAUACUGUAAGCAGAAGAACACCUUUCUGCAUGAAUCUUUCCAGAAUGUGGCUGCUACCUGCGGUUUGCCCAACAUCACAUGCAAGAACGGUCGGAAGAACUGCCACGAGAGUGUGAAGCCUGUCAAAAUGACUGACUGCUCACACACAGGGCAAGCCUAUCCUAACUGCCGCUACAGUGGUGAUGUCCAAUACAAACUCUUCGUUGUGGCCUGUGAACACCCAAAGAAGGACGACCCUCCCUACCAACUGGUUCCUGUGCACUUAGAUAAGGUUGUGUAAGGCUUAGGGUCUUCCCAGGUGUUCAGCACAGGCUGCCUUGCAAUUUAUCCCUUGUUGCCUUUUGUUCCCACAGAAAAGGAAAGGUGUUGGAAAGAUUAAGAUGCCUAAGCUAUCCAAAUGGAGGGUUUUCUUGUUUUUUGUUUUGUUUUGUUUUGUUUUUUUUAAAAAGGGAGUGCAUGAGUUACUUACUUAGUGUACAGAGGUCCCUAGGUUCAAUCACCACCCCACCACCACCACCAAUAAAUAAAUAAAUAAAUAAAUAAAUAAAUAAAUAAAUAGAGAAAGGAAGAAAGAAAGAAAGAAAGAAAGAAAGAAAGGAAGGAAGGAAGAAGAAAGAGGGUUACCUUUGUUGAAGGAGGAAUAUAAGAAAAGCAUAACGAAGGUCCAAGCUUCUGAACACUUUAUCCUGCAUUUUUUUGCAUCAAGCUUUAUUGUACUAUGCUCAUAGAAUUUAAAAAAAUCUUCUUUUUUAAUAUAACGAGUGUGAAUUUGCCGGGUUAUUUGUUGUGUGUGUUUUGACAGAGAGCCCUGGCUGCUCCUCAAGAAGACCUAGGUUUGAUUCCCAGCUCCCACAACCACCGGGAACUCUAGCUCUGCCAACCUUUUCUGGCCUCCAAGAGUACCACACAUUUCCAUGGCUCACAGACAUACAUGCAGGCCAAGCACCAUGCACAUAAAAUAAAGUUCAAAAAUAUUAUUUU